CCCUUAAACUCACUGCCACCCGUCGACUCACUCUCAUGUUAGGAGGAUAACCGCACCGAUCCGACAAAAUGUUAGACAACGAGGAGUUUCUGUUAGACAAUGCGCCCAGGGAGCUCACCCAGAACCCCCUCAGGAAGAUCUGGAUGCCCUGCAAAAACGGGAUGCCUGCGGUGCACAUAGCACAGAGACGGGUAUGUAUGACCAACUGCCCCACCCUUAUUGUGUUAGUUGGACUUCCGGCCCGAGGGAAAACUUACAUUUCGAAGAAGCUGACCCGCUACUUAAACUGGAUAGGUGUGCCAACAAAAGAGUUCAACGUUGGCCAGUAUCGGAGGGAAUGCUUGAAGAUCUACAAGUCCUUUGAGUUUUUCCGUCCAGAUAAUGAGGAGGGCUUAAAAAUCAGACGUCAAUGUGCAAUGGCGGCGCUUAAUGACGUCCGACAGUACCUGAGUGUCGAAGGAGGACAGGUGGCGGUCUUUGAUGCCACAAAUACAACACGAGAGAGAAGAGGGACCAUUGUCAAGUUUGCAGAACAAAAUGGGUUUAAGGUGUUUUUUGUGGAGUCUGUGUGUGAAGACCCAGAUGUAAUUGCACAAAACAUAGUGCAAGUGAAAUUAGGCAGCCCUGACUACAUACACACCAACACAGAAGAGGCCAUUGAGGACUUCAUGAAGAGAAUUAAGUGUUAUGAGUCAUCUUAUCAACCUCUGGAUGAGGUUCUGGACAGGGACCUUUCCUACAUAAAGAUCAUGGAUGUGGGCCGCCGCUACCUUGUGAACCGCGUCCUCGACCACAUCCAAAGCCGGAUCGUCUACUACCUGAUGAACAUCCACAUCACACCUCGCUCCAUCUACCUGUGUCGCCACGGUGAGAGUGACCUCAACAUCAAGGGACGCAUUGGUGGUGACUCUGGUCUGUCUGCACGGGGGAAAGAGUUUGCAUCACGUCUGAGGAAAUUCAUUCAGGACCAGAACAUCAAAGAUCUGAAAGUCUGGACGAGUCAGAUGAAGAGGACAAUCCAGACUGCAGAGUGCCUCGGAGUUCCAUAUGAACAGUGGAAAUCCCUCAAUGAAAUAGACGCUGGCGUGUGUGAAGAAAUGAUGUAUGAGGAGAUCCAAGAGCAUUAUCCUCUGGAGUUUGCUCUGAGAGACCAAGACAAGUACCGCUACCGUUAUCCCAAAGGAGAGUCGUAUGAAGACCUGGUUCAGCGCCUGGAGCCUGUGAUCAUGGAGUUAGAGAGGCAAGAGAACGUCCUGGUCAUCUGUCAUCAGGCAGUCAUGCGCUGUCUUCUCGCAUAUUUCCUGGACAAGACUGCGGAUGAGUUGCCUUAUCUUAAGUGCUCUUUGCACUCAGUUUUGAAGUUAACCCCUAUGGCUUAUGGUUGUAAAGUGGAGUCUGUCUGUUUAGGCGUGGAGGCUGUGAACACACACAGAAACAGACCAGAGGUAGGUAUCGCAGGCACUAAGCAAUGGCCCCGCCUGUUUCCAAAACCAACCGGCUCUGUGACUUUGGACUCAUUUAUGUGGAUGUCUCACAAAAAAAAAAAAAAAGCUGAGAACAUCCUAAGAAUCUCUGUUUUUAUACGCAGAAAUUAAGCCAACCUCAAUCUUGAAAUAUUACACUGCAGAUGAAACUACAUUCAAUUGUCAUCCACCAGUAAUCACACACAGCGGCUGUGAUAACUUAUAUCGAUACUCCUACCUCCACUCAGUCAGCAAUGACUCAUUUCAUUUUGGUUUUAGUGUGUGUUGUUAGUAGUUCACUAUGUCUUUUAUUUUAAUGCAAUUUAACUGUUCCCACUGUCCCAGGAACAGUGGAAUUGUGUGGAUGUAUUCAUUAUUUUUGAGUGAAAAUGUGUCACAUGUUGAACUCUCCAAUGGAUCUGGACUCAUUAAUAAUAGCCCUUAAAAUGUUUGACUUUUAGUGAAGGUUUAACGAUCAGUGUUAGAGUACGUCUCCUGGUAACCGAUGUAAACGAAUAUCCUCCUCAGUGACAGGAACAAGUGUGAUUGUGACUGAUCAGACAAUGAAUGAGAAACUAUUUCAACCAGCACAUAGCCCUGAUGUUUUUAAGUUUGUCGUAAAAUACCAUGUAUCAUGAAUUAUUGAAUGUUUACAACCAUUUCUACUUGAUUAUGUUCUGUAUUGAUAUGAAAGGAUUUUAUGAGAUUAAAGCUUUGUUUUUAUUUGACGAAUGCACUCAACUUAUAAAGCGACGCACAAGCUCAUUUUCAUUUCACUGUUUUAAACUAAUCUGCAUUUCAACGCUUGUUUACUGACUGAAUGUGAAGCAUGAUGUGCACUGCCCAAUCAGACGUACACCGUUUACUCUGAAAUCAUCCAGGCUAGAAUUAAUGUUGCAGUUGCACAACUUAAUCAUCAAAUGUAAUGUGUGUUUUCAUGCGUUUUGUGGUUGUCAAGAUUUUUUUUUAAUGUACACAUAAACAUCUAAUUUGAAAAAUCAAUAAAAACUUCUCAUGUUUUUGCUGCUUUGC